UAAUUUUUAGAAGCAGGUGCGAUGAAUUGUACCCAUUUGUUACGCGAAUGGUUUUCUUGACGAGUUGUGACACAUUAUUUAAACUGGAUGAACCAGGAGCAUUAACACUUUAUUUACUAACAGUGACACGUUUAUGUGGUCUCUUUUGUUAGCACAACGAAAGUAAUGCUAGAAUGUAGGUACAGGAAGUGGACAACAGUUCGACAGUGGCAGUGAUGAGUAAUGCAACAUCCCCGUAUUUUGUGUUUUAAUAGAUACUUAUUUACAUUUUACUGACGGUCAUGAAGAAGUUCUUUUCAAAGAUCGAUGGAUCUACUCAACAAAACUCACACAUUGGAAGAGUAUUUCAGUUGGGGCGUUACACUGUCACGGUAGAAGAUGUAAUCGCCGAAGGUGGGUUUGCCAUCGUGUUUCUGGUGAAGGCGCAAAAUGGAGCACGUUUUGCUCUCAAGCGCAUGUAUGUGAACAAUGAAAAAGAUCUUGCAGUUUGUCAAAAGGAAAUCAAGAUUGCUAGGGAUCUCAGUGGUCACAAGAACAUUAUCCGGUGCAUCGACUCAAGCAUAACAAUUACCUCAAACCGAGUCUAUGAAGUUCUCAUUCUUAUGCAAUACUGCAAAGGUUCUGUGAUCCAGUUGAUGAAUGAAAAGAUAAACAUUGGUUUCUCUGAGCAAGAGGUUCUCAGAAUUUUCUGUGAUAUAUGUGAAGCUGUCUCCAGACUACACCAUUGCCAAACUCCAAUUAUACAUAGAGAUUUAAAGGUUGAAAAUAUACUAAUAGGUGAGGGGGGUAACUAUGUGUUGUGUGAUUUCGGCAGUGCAACCGGUAGAGUUAUGAAUCUGGAACAACAUAAUGUCAAACAAGUGGAAGAAGAAAUACAAAAAUAUACAACGUUGUCAUACAGAGCACCAGAGAUGGUUGAUCUUUAUGGAGGGAAACCGAUCACCACCAAGUCCGAUAUAUGGGCUCUUGGGUGUCUUUUAUACAAGUUGUGUUUUUUCACCCUUCCAUUCGGAGAGAGUUCUCUAGCAAUACAAAGUGGAAACUACACUAUUCCCGACAACUCCAGAUAUUCCAAGAAACUACAUUCUUUAAUAGGUUAUAUGUUACAAGUUCAACUGGAUAAACGACCAGACAUCUUCCAGGUUUCCUCGGUCGCGUUCAGGUUGUGUGGGAGAGACAAUCCAGUGCCAAAUAUGAAUGGAAUACCUGUGCCAGAACUGGAUUCACUUCCAGUGCCACCAACAGAAUCGGAGGCUAGACAGAUUAAAAAUGCCCAACAAAAAACUGUAGUGACUGUGACGGUUGAAAGCACGACAGUUAAACCGAGACAGCGUCCGAAGGGUCAACCUGUUGCGUCGUCAGGUGGGCUUGGAUUGCCCAUACAAACAGCUGUAGUUCCUCGCAAGAGACCAUCGGCCAGCAACCCUAACACACCUGUUGACCCACAGCAGCCUUCCCCGUGUUACGCUGGACAAACACACCUGGCUCCUGCCGGAUCGGUUCCGCAGUCGCUGACAUCUCCACAGUAUCCGGGAUCAGUUCCAGUGACUCAGCUGAACACUCAGCAGUUCUACGGCCAACAACAGCAGCCACAACAACAGCAACAUCUGACCGCCCAGCAACCAGGGCCGUCCAUGUUCUCGUCCCAGCCCGCGGCUGUGUUACAGGAGGCCCUCGGCAAACAGUGUGUUAGUCAGUCGCACAGCGCAGAGAACUUGAUGUUCCCGUUGUCGUUCCCGGAACAUUUCCGAGACCGCGCAGUGGUGGGGUGCAGUGGUGGUGUGGUGGUGGUGGAGAUGGGACGGUUGAUAGAGAUUGACGACAGGCUGGAACAAAAUAACAACAGUAGAGAGGUUACGCCUCCCAGUCAGUCGCAUCGAGAUACAUUUAAAAAGCCAUCUCACCCACCUUUCAGAGCAAAGACCACAGAGGACAUACAGAGUGACAGCCAGCCGUUGAUAGCAAUAACCCCGCCCGGAUCUCCCACGAAAUCUGUGCGCUCUCAUCGCAGGAUUGUUAGUGAUACAUCUUUCCUCACCAUGGGUGGUAAAGGCAGUGCUUUCAGAGCUUACCAUGGGAACAGCAAUUUGUCAGCACCGUUUGAUAUUAAAUCGAAGUCCGCCAGUACGACACCCGUGCAUUCCCCGCCACUGUCAGCGUACAGCCGGACUCUGUCCAUGGACAUGACGGACUGGAAUCCAUUCGGUGAUGAUAAUUUUGAAAGUACCUCGGAAGACAUCAUGUUUGGCAAAGAGUUUGACCGCAUUCGUCGAGGAUCUAACACUAGUAUAUCUAAUGUAAAAAGUCGUGAAGAUCUUGUGAUGUCUGGUUCCGAUUCUUCCGAUCCGUUUUGCAAUGCACCAUUUAAAAAACCUGGAGAGAACGACGAAGAUUCUCCAGACGGCUCUCCAGUCGUGGCCACUGUUAUGGAGCCUGAAGCCAAGACUCGCGAGUUCCCAGGUGCAGGUCACCUGAAGGCAGCGUUGUCGCGCUCAAAAUACCAGCAGCUGGUGGACACGGAUGAUUCUGAGGACAAGGAGGACAUUGCCAAAGUGAGCCAGGCUGACCGGAAAAGUGAGGAUAAGAAUAACACUAAAGACCGGGCGGAGUCGAGUUCCUCAUAUGCUGAGGAUGAUCAGCUGCCAGAUGCUGGAGCCUCGGCACGCAAUGACUUCGGCUACCAGGAGCUAGACGAUGAGUACGGCAGUCGGCCAGUUGAGGUUCCCACCAAGCGCAAGGAGAUGGAGCACACGAUGGUGAGAGACACCAACUCCCGGUGUGUUGUCAACAACGUCGGACCGGAUGUGUUUCAGUCAGACCGGAUCGUGGGACACGAGUACGGUAUCAAGCCUCUUCUUGACGACGAUGAACUGCAGGACACCUACUGCAUCCAGCAUCACCAGUCAUCCAAGUCUGUGGCCGAUUCCAGUCAACAGCAGUUGUUGUCGAACAGUGCCGGUCUCACUUCGGCUAUUUCACCCGAUAGCGGUCAGACGGAUGUGUUUGCUGCAGCUCCGUUUAAAAAACAUAAAUCUCGAAAUCGGCCUGGGAGUAGCGUGGAUUCUGGACCCAGUGCCUCCUCUCAGCAGAUGUCGCCACACGACAUAUUCGCAAAUGUUCCCUUCAAGAUGAAAGGUUCCACCAGCCAGAGUCAGGCGUCCUCGCUCACUGUGAGUCCAGCGGAGAGCAACACACCCAGCUAUGCAUCUCACUCUGCACAGAGCCCGGUCUUUGAUAUUUUUGGCAAUGCUCCAUUCAGUGGCAAACUGACUCCCAGCUCCACGGCUACCGGUCCCUCAUCGUGCCCUGUGUCUCCCAUAGCAGAGGAUCAGACUGUGAUAACAACCCCUGUUGAUGCUCUGCCUGGCUCGGGGCAGCAGCACAGGAACAGUAUUAACCUUGGCGGUAGUGCUGGGGCCAGGAUGCAGAACAUCCAGAUGGAUGCAGGCAGUCUGGAAGCUAAUCCACAAGGACCAAGUGUCACCACAGAAGACCCUUUUGGUGCCAUUCCAUUUCACAAGGCUUUCACAAAUCAAAAGGGGAGUUGUAGUAAUAAUGCCUAUGUGUCUCCUCAGUCUGCUGGGUAUUCCUUUACACCGAAUGCUUAUAUGAAGACCAGCACCCCAGCCAAGGCUAAAACAUCGGCUGACUUUACCUACAGAGAGGGUGUGUCCUCGCCUCCUAGUGAUAUCCACAAAACCACCGGCAAGCAGACGGCUUCCCAGCGUCACCAGAGACCAGACGACCUUUACCUUGAGGACGAGCAAGUCCUGGUACAGUCGGAAACGAAUUACUCCAUGGCAAAACAUUCCAAAACUCGAGUCAGGUCUAAGAAAUCUAGUCGGGACUAUGCCAGUGCAGCAUUUUCCAACAUGAGCUUUAACGACGAUGAUGAUGACUUAGAACUGGACUCUCCUUCUCAGGAGCAGAUGGCAUUUCCUGCAGAUACUCAAGGCAUUCCAAAAAUGGCACACAAUCAACACGUGUUAGCAAGUGUUAGACAUCCACCAUUCUCCAAGGGAUCAUCUCCUCCGGCUGCAACAAACACGUCUGUUGAAUCGAUGAAAAUCUGUUCUGGAGGAUUUGAUACCGGCACCUGGCCGCGCAAACACAAAAAGAUGCCAGUACCUGCUACAGAGGAACCAUUCACUGGCAGAAAAAAAUAACUCAUUUUAAAAGUUUUAUAACAGUUUUAAUUACUCUGUAGAGAGGAAAUAUUUUAUAGCUCUUUGCUUCCAUGAAUCUGGGUUUUUAAAUUUAUAAUUAGUUUUUAUUUUUAAUUUGUCUUUUAAUAUGUGUAUAAAUUUGCUGCAUGUAGCAUUCUUUUAUACUAAGCCCGGUUUGUAUAAUUUGUUUUAUUCAGUUAUAUGGGUGAUAGGGUUCUUAAUCACUUAAAAUGCAACCAUCAACAAAUAUGGUGUCAAAACAUUUUGGUGCAAUAAUUUUUAGUUUUUUGAUGAGCAGUAUGAAGUACUGUCGUUGCAUAAAUGUUUAUUUUGCAGACUGCCCAGAAUUCUGCUUUUACUGCAGACUAUCCUGUUGCAGGAUAAAAAAACAACUGAAACCUGGAUCUGUGAUAGUAAUGUGAUUUUGGUCCUAUAGUAGGUCCUGGAUUGUCCUGUAAUUGUCAGGGAAGGCCUGAUAUAGAACACAACACAUAUGUAAAUUAUGUCUUGUCUAUUUUGCACUUGAUGUUUUUAAAGAGUUUAUUGUGUUUUUGUUUCAUAUGAAAAGCUGUGUUAAUUGGGUGUGACAUUCCUAGUCUUGAAGAAUCCAGAUAUUCACAUUUCUUGUCCAAAACAAGUUGAUUCAAUAGUACAUUCUUAGGUUUCCCAUCCAAUGUCAUGGAUUGAUGUAUGAUUAUUUCAUCGCAGUUUGCUAAGUAUAUGUUAAACGUCAGCUAGUUGUUAUGUAUAUCAAAGUCACAUUCUCAAUUGUUGUGAAAAUUACUGUUUGUUCAUCACAAUUUGUACAAGAACCAAUUUUUCAUCAAUGGUCAUAUUUUAACAAUAUCUUCUAUAACUUUUACAAGAACCAAUUCUUCAUCAAUGGUCAUAUUUUGAAAAUGUCUUUUAUAACUUGUACAAAAACCAAUUCUUCAUCAAUGGUCAUAUUUUGAAAAUGUCUUUUAUAACUUGUACAAAAACCAAUUCUUCAUCAAUGGCCAUAAGUAGAAACGUCUUUAUGACUUGUAUCAAGAUCAGUACUUCAUCAAUUGUCAUAUUUUAAAAACAUGUUAUUGAUCAAUGGUCAUAUUUUGCAGACAUCAUAACACCAUGUACAGAGAGUCGGUUGUCAAUAGUCGUACAACCAUACCAGACAUGGGGACUCUUUCACAAUAUACAACAUGGAAGAAACAGGUGACACCAAAAUUAUUUUAUACUUGGUGUCUUCUGUUAUUUGUUCUCUAUGCAGAUGUUAAAAAUAGUUUUAAUUUUGUGGGGUGAACACAUUGCCUUUCCACCCCCAUAUGAUAAAUUUGAGGACAAAGCCUGGCAGGUUUGGUUGGUUUGGCUUUUUUUUUUUUCUUCUUUUCUUUUUUUAGGUGGGGGUGGGUGGGUGUGGUGGGUUCUUCUAAAUUUGAAAACAUGUGACACAUUAGUAGGGCUGGACAAACAUCCUGCUGUAAUGUUUUUUUGCUGUAUUUUACUAAAGCUAUUGAAAGUUGCUUUUUUUGUGCCAUUUUGCUUUUUCUUGGUUAAUCUGAGUGAAUUUUACUUGUUUUUACUUUGCAUAUUUUUGUAUUCAUCAUUCUUGUCAUGUGACUGUAUUUGGGAACCAAACUUAAAAGAAGAAGAAUGUUUUAAUUACUAGAUAUGCUGGUGUGAAGAGGUAGACCCACAGACAUCUCAACGAAAAAGUGCUUAUUGAUAAUCAGAUUUCACUUCUAUUUUCUUCUUUUUUUUCUUUCUUUCUUUCUUUUUCUUUUUUUGACAUCUUAGAUAAUUUACAUCUAAAUAUGUAUGAUUGUUGUGUAAAUAAUUGUAUGUUAUUUAUUUGGAAUGGAAUAAACCUAAUAACUACAGGUUAGUUUUAAUGUUUUUAAAAACAUUUACAUGUCAUUGAUUUUGUACAUCAUCAUCAUCAUCAUCAUCAUCUGAUGUUCAGUAUGCAAUUAGAAGACCGUAGAUAAUUUAUUGAUAUCCUCCACACCUCACAACAUCAUUUUUAUUAUUGCAUGAACUGUCUUAUAGAACACAGUAUUGUUUUAUUAUGCGCAAAAGCUACUUUCCAAUCAGCAUUAUUUAAACUAUUUAUAUUACAUUUUUAAUCUGCCUUAGUGGAAUCCAUGGCACAUGGACUUGUUAAGAUAGUUGCUUUUAUUUAAUAAACAAAUGUAUUUUAACAUGUAUUUCAAAAUAAUUUUUCACUUUUAUCAAAUUCUUUCUAUUAUUUUAACGAAAAAGAAUACUUAACCAAAAACAAUAUAGACAAUGUAUGUAUUAACUGUUCUGGUUGUAAAAAAUGCACUUGUUAAACUAAAAGAAAAUAAUAUUAAAAAGUAAUAGGCUAUUAUGCUGUUUGUUGAAUCACAUUUUUAACCAAUAAAACUUGCAGUCUGUCAUCGCACACUGUAACUGACAAUUGUA